AUGCUUCAUCUGUCCGUCUGUUCUCGUCCUAGGCUCCACCUGUCAGUCUGUUCUCGUCCCAGGCUCCAUCUGUCGGUCUGUUCUCGUCCUAUGUUCCACUGUCCGUCUGUUCUCGUCCCAGGCUCCAUCUGUCGGUCUGUUCUCGUCCCAUGCUCCAUCUGUCCGUCUGUUCUCGUCCUAGGCUCCAUCUGUCGGUCUGUUCUCGUCCUAUGCUCCACCUGUCAGUCUGUUCUCGUCCCAGGCUCCAUCUGUCGGUCUGUUUUCGUCCUAUGCUCCACCUGUCAGUCUGUUCUCGUCCCAGGCUCCACCUGUCAGUCUGUUCUCGUCCCAGGCUCCACCUGUCUGUUCUCGUCCUAUGCUCCACCUGCUCCAUCUGUCGUGUCUGUUCUCGUCCUAUCCUCCAUCUGUCGGUCUGUUCUCGUCCCAGUCUCCACCUGUCGGUCUGUUCUCGCCCUAGGCUCCAUCUGUCGGUCUGUUCUCGUCCCAGUCUCCACCUGUCGGUAUGUUCUCGUCCCAGGCUCCACCUGUCUGUUCUCGUCCUAUGCUCCAUCUGUCGGUCUGUUCUUGUCCCAGGGUCCAUCUGUCGGCUCCAUCUGUCGGUCUAUUCUCGUCCCAGGCUCCAUCUGUCGGUAUGAGUUCUCUGGUUGUGAGUCUGGAGAUUACCCUAAGUGA